AUGUUUUUUGUGAUCAUCGUAUUAGUUUGUGCGUGGAAUGUUGUGUGUGGACAGGACACUAAUGCCAUGACAAACUUACCAAAAUACGACUCUAGGUAUGACUAUUUGGAUGUAGAUGCAUUGUUUAAUAGCAAAAGAUUAGUGAGUAAUUAUGUGAACUGUCUAAUCAAUUUAAAUCGCUGUACACCAGAAGGAAAAGUUUUAAAAAGGCUACUUCCAGAAGCUUUAAGAACGAAAUGCUUACGGUGUACCGAGAGGCAGAAGAGGACAGCCGUUAAGAUAAUCAAAAGACUCAAAUACGAAUACCCAGAUGAGUGGGCUAAGGUGCAAUCGAGAUGGGAUCCUACUGGUGAUUUCACUAGAUAUUUCGAGACCUUCUUAGCGAAUGAGCAAUUCAACACUAUUAUUGGAUCAGACGUCGAAAAUGCGCCGCCACCGCCAGCACCUCUACCAGAACCUAAUCUACUAUCAGUGUUGCCCGCUGAAUCCGCUACCCCCAAGCCAGCGACAGUGUUAACUACAUCGCCAACGCCACCUUCAACCGCUUCUACACCAAUAGAGCCACUGCUUCUUAACAGAUUCGGCGACGACGAUGAAUCGAUGGUGAGCAAUCCGUCACCAGCUGUGACUACGUCACGGCCUACCAUGUCACCUAUUACAUCCUGGCCAACCACCAUUCGUCCAAGGCCAACCCCAAUGGAUUGGGCGGCAGUGACGGUUCCGAGUGUCAUCCCUACACGCUUUACACUCCGUCCAGUGUCAGACACUACGUUUGUGUAUUCCACGGCUAUUACGCUCAUCGAUGAAAUUGGCAACAAAAUUAUCCGCACCACGGAGCUCGUCGCUGAUUUGCUGAAGAGUACUGUUCGCGCUGUCGUCGGAUGA